UAGAAAAUUGUAUGUAAACAAUAUGUAUGCAAAUGUAACCAUGUCUUCUCUUCUAAUUGCAGGCCAAGUCCAGCUGGAUAGCAGACCUACCUUAAGCACCAUAGGUAAUGGAAAUCAGAACAUCACAGAAGUAGAUGCACUUGAUAGAAGACAAACACUUGACCCUUUAGAGCAGUACAAAAUGAAUCACAAAAGAAGAGGAGUUGCAUUAAUCUUCAAUCAGGAGCGCUUUUUUUGGCAUUUAAUGCUGACAGAAAGACGUGGGACUAUUGCAGACAAAAACAAUCUGGCACGCAGUUUGACAGACCUUGGAUUUAAAGUCAGAUGCUUUGAUGACCUGAAAGCAGAAGAUAUGCUGGAGAAAAUUUAUGAUGCCUCUGCGGAGGACCACAGUGAUGCCGACUGCUUUGUAUGUGUGAUCCUGAGCCAUGGUGAGGAUGACCAUGUUUACGCAUAUGAUGCCCCAAUCAAAAUUGAGGCAAUCACAAGCAUGUUCAGAGGAGACAGGUGCCAGAGUCUGGUAGGAAAGCCUAAAAUAUUUAUCAUUCAGGCAUGUCGAGGUAACAAACAUGAUGAUCCAGUUGUUGUUCGGGAUUUAGUAGACAGUACAGAGAAUGAAUCCAUUGCCAAUGAGACUGAAGUGGAUGCAGCUGGUGUCUGUACCCUGCCUGCUGGUGCAGACUUUCUCAUGUGCUACUCUGUGGCACAAGGGUACUUUUCUCACCGCGAAACUGUGAAUGGCUCCUGGUACGUUCAAGAUUUAUGCGAGGCACUUAGAAAGCACGGCUCUUCCUUGGAGUUCACAGAGCUUCUCACUGUCGUUAACAGGAAAGUGGCUCAUCGCAAGGUAGAUAUGUGCAGAGAUAUUAAUGCUAUAGGAAAGAAGCAGAUUCCUUGUUUUGCCUCAAUGUUAACUAAAAAACUGUAUUUUCAUCCGAAAUCCAAGUAGAUACAUCAACAAUGAAAAUUAUUGAUUAAUGCUCACUGCAGAAAAUUGAAGAAAUGCCAUCUUCUUUCAGGAAAUUAAUACUGUGUACUUUCUGUAGUCUAAAUGUAUUCAAAUCUUGAAAAUUAAUCUACAAGAUUAUUUGCAAAAGCACAGGGAUUAAACUUCAUAGCUCUUCUGUAGAUUAGUUUACAAUUUUAAAACCGGUGCUGCAGCUCUGUUCAUCUCAGGGAAUUUGGGGAAAUCUGAUUGGUGCAAGACUAGUAACAGGUGCUCAGAUUUUAUUAAAAUAAGACUGUUUAAAGAUUUUUUUCUUGAAUCUCAUCUAACUAUGGUACGUUUUUACUAUUUCCAAAACUUUUGAAAGGCUGCGUUAGAUUAGCUUUUCUUGCUCCAAGAGCUUCUCCAGUUUACAAGGGAUAUAUAUACUUUUGUAGGGCAUCUUUUUAAAUGUGUGGACAGUGUUGGUUUUGGUAGACUCCAAACUUACGUGUCCACCUUUAAUUUUGUGUGGACUUAUUGAGCUUUUUAGCCACAACUUUUUAAUUUCUCCUACCAGAAAGAGAUACUACUGGAGUAAAACUGUUGUAUUGAAACCAGCUCUAUUUAAAAAAAAAAAAAACAAAACCAAAAAGCUGCUUUUUGCUUGCACUUCAUUUACAUUCAGAGUAUUAUUAGCUUUGCAUCCUUGGGAACUGGCAAGCAUUGGCAAACUGCAACCACAUAAAGCUUGUUUAGUGUUAGCUUAAAUAUACUUUAGUUACAAAUACAUUCCUUGUCAGGGGUAAGUUAGCCUCUAAAGCUAAAGUACAUCAGUUCCAGUACCACCUACAACUCUCAUGGAUCGUUACUGGUAGCUCUGCAAAAUACAGCACAUGCAGACCUUUAUACUUCAGGCCUUGCUGUUAGAUUGACCUCUUUCUCCCCUUGGCCCCAGACAAGUUCAUCUAUACACUGUCAUUGCGUGUAUAUAAAAGUGAUAGUGCAUUGAUCACCAUAGGAUGUUUCCACUUAUUACUGUAGAAGCAUCAGUAAUUUAGAUCAUCCUCGAUGGAAGCAAGUACUUUUUAUUAUUUCUUUGUUAUUUCUUUAUUAUUUUUAUAUAUUUUUACAUUAUUGGUACAUACGCUUAACUCGGGGGCACAACGGAGAACUCAAGCAGAGAAAAGUAUCAUAAUCAAAUUUCCUGAGUAUAAAAUAAUUGACUGACUUGGUCUGCUUCACUUAAAUCCUUCUAUAUUAUCAUGCUCUAAGUCACAGAUGUUAAAUCUUAUUAUGGCUACAUUUAUGCUUUGUAUGAAUCAUGUAUGUUUGAAUGUUUUGAUAAGUUCUUUCAAUAAAAUGAAACAGUAAAAAAUA